UCAUGACAGACACACCCAGAAAGAAAAGAAAAAGAAAAACAACAAAAGUAAAAGUAAAGGCGGAGCUUCCUUUAUCACUUUCUCUACACAGCAAAAAUCUGUAUUUUCUGGUAAAAUGAAAAAAGCAAUGGCGGACAAGGAGAUAAUCAUCAAUGGCGCUGAGUCGGAUCAGACGGGGGAGAGCUUCUACGAUCUCGAUCAACGCGGCGGCGGCGCUGGCGGCAGCGAUUACGACGCUAGGGUUUCGGAGCUGAACAGGAAGAUCGAGUCUUUGGAGCGCGAGAAGGUUCAGUUGGUGAACGAGAAUUCGGAAGGCAAGGAGCGAAUCAAGAAACUGAGUUUGGAGAUCGGAGAGCUUCGAAACGACAACGCAUCGAAGAAGGAAAAGCUCGGAGAGAUGGAGAAGGAGAUCGAACGGUCCGGAGAGGAGCUGAAGUCCUUGGAGUCGGUGGCCAGGAGAGCGGUGGAGCUCGAGACUGAGGUUUCGAGGAUGCAGCAUGAUUUGAUUUCGACGAUGAGCGAAAGCGAGGAGGCGACUAAGGAAGCGAGUGAAUUGAAGAGGGCUUUGGGAGAGAAGGGAGAGAGAGUUGAGAGGUUGGAGAGAGAGGUGGAGAGUUUGAAGAAGGAGAAGUUGGAGAGUGAGAAGAGAGUGAGGGAAUUGGAGAGGAAAGUAGGGGUUUUGGAAAUGAAGGAAAUUGAGGAUAAGAGUAAGAAAGUUAGGAUUGAGGAGGAGAUGAGGGAGAAGAUUGAUGAGAAAGAGAGGGAGAUUGAUGGGUUUAGGAAGAAAGUUCAGGAACUGGAGUCUGUGGUUGCGAAAAAGGGGGCUGAAUUGGAGAAAUGGAUGAGGGAGAAAUUGGGUUUGGAGGAGUCGUUGAAGGAGUCUGAUGAGAAGGUGAAAGUGACGGAAUCCAUGAUGUUGGGAUUGAAGAAGGAAGUGGAGGAGGCUGAGAGGUUGAUCAGCGGGCUGAAGGAGAAGGCGGCCGAGGCCAUUAAUGGGAGUGUGAAUGGGGUAAGGGAGUUUGUUGUUGAAGGAGAGAAGAAAAGCGGGUUGAAGUUGGAUUGGCCGGUGGUGGCAGGGUCUACUGGUGUUAUUGCUUUUGCUACUGCAGCUGCGUAUUUGAUUUACGCCAGGCGGAGGUGAUUGCAUUGUGGAGAUAGAUGGAGAGAGAGCAGAUGGGAAGGCGAACGGAAUGGAACUUAGAGGUUAGGGUUUAUGGUUUAAGAGUAUGUUCCAAUUUUGUUAGGUGCACUUUGUUUUUGAGCCUAUGAAUCUGUUGUUAGCUCUGAUUUUUAUUUGGAGUGUUUUGUUGUUGUUACUGUUCUGUUGGGAAAACAAAAUGAUUUGAUAUAUUUUCAAAGGGUACUACAAUGAUAUGGACUAAAGCAGUUACUAUA